GGCAGGGCUGUAGGUGGCAUGGACACCCAGAGGGAGCUGGGACAUGGGUAGUAUCUACAACAGCUCUCUGCAAUGGAGAUGAGGAUCGUCAUGUCUAACGAGCCUGCCUUUGGUAGUGUGUCUGGCAGUGAGGAGGAAGAUGGAGCAGCUGCCUCUGAGUGCGAAGGCUUGGGGGAGACGCCUCUGCCUGGAGGACAGCCCAGGACAAUGACAAGCCAGGCCAGUUUUGAGGAAGACAGCCAGAAGCAACCAGUUGUGGGACACUGGAAGCCACUGAUGCCAUCCAAAGGCAGCAAGGAAGAGCCAGAGGCUGGAUGCCAGGAUGCUGGAGGUGUGGAUGAGACCCAGUCCACUGAGCAGCUCAAUGUGUCACGUCUGCGCAGCUCUUCAGUGGAGAUCCGUGAAAAGGGCUCUGAAUUCCUGAGGGAAGAGCUGCACAAAGCACAAAAGGAGCUGAAGCUGAAGGACAAAGAAUGUGAGAGAUUGUCAAAAGUCAGAGAACAGCUGGAGCAGGAACUAGAGGAGUUAACAGCAAGCCUGUUUGAGGAAGCACACAAGAUGGUGAGAGAAGCAAACACCAAACAGGCAGCGUCAGAGAAACAGCUGAAGGAGGCACGGGGCAAGAUCGACAUGCUGCAGGCGGAGGUGACAGCUCUGAAGACGCUGGUGAUCACAUCCACACCUUCCUCUCCAAACAGGGAGCUGCACCCUCAGCUCCAGAGCCCUUCUAAAGCUGUCUUCAGGAAGGGUCAUGGGCGAAACAAAAGCACCAGCAGUGCAAUGGUUUCGGCUGCCAGCCAGAAUGUGACCCCACAGUCGGUCAGUCAUGAGCGCAGAGAGUCUGGGUUACCUGCUCUCCUCUCUCUGCUCUUUUGUAUCAUCCCUGGCAAAGCUGUCCACCUCAUCUAUGAACCAGCCUGGCAGGCCUUGGGGGCAGAUGCUUCCUUACCCUUGCAGCAGGUCGACUCCAUUUUAUUUGCCGAGUUCCAGGCCUGGAAGGAAUCUCCAACUUUGGAUAAAUCCUGCUCCUUCCUGGACAGAAUUUAUAGAGAAGAUAUAAAACCUUGUCUGGAUUUCACAAAACAAGAGCUGUCAGAGCUGGUGCGAGUGGCUGUGGAGCAGAACACGCUCACCAUCGAGCCAGUGGCUGCCCAGACCCUGCCUGUGGUGAAGGUGUCAGCAGAAGAGUGUGGUGGGCCAAAUGGGUUCCGGUCCCAAAUUGUAACGAAAUGUGCUCUGAGUGGCCUCCCCAGGACCUGCAAGCACCGCAUCAUGCUGGGGGAUUCUGGGAGCUACUACUACAUUUCACCAUCCUGCAGGGCCAGGAUCACUGCAGUGUGCAACUUCUUCACUUACAUUCGCUACAUCCAGCAAGGCUUGGUGAGGCAGGAUGUGGAGCUGAUGUACUGGGAGGUGAUGAGGCUCCGGAGGGAGAUGUCUGUGGCCAAGCUUGGGUUUUAUCCCAGUGAGAUGUGAGCAGAGGCCUCAGCAUGGAAGGAAACUGCUCCUGUGUGAAGGGCUUGUCAAACGCAGCAGUCUGCCAGACAGCUGAGUGCGGUGCCUCUCCUGCCAUGGGCCUUUCUCCAUUCCCACCCUCCCUCUGCCUGAAGCUAAGCAAGGAGCAAGAAGCACAAGUUCCACCUUCAGCUGUCUCACUUCUCCAACUGUGACUGAAAAGCAGCUGCCAAGCUGCCCCCUCAUAGCUGGGCUGGCCCUAGCUGCUCCGGGGUGGCUGUCUACAGACUGUCUUCUAUGGAGUCCCCUGUACGCAGUGUGUAUCCCUGGGUUUUAAACUUCUCUUUUUAUAUGCAGUCUGCUUUGGCAUAGUAUGAGGCCAGCCCUGUGCAAGGCAGGAAUCCUGGCCCUUCUCUUUGUCUUUCAGGACAGAUGCUGGCUGUCUGUCCAUCUGAUCCACUCACUCUUUGGGGUGGAGGGUGCUGUGCCCAGCCACAUAUCUGGGUCCUGCUGACCACUUGCUCCUUGAACAACCCUGUCAAUAAUAGCAGCAUGCAAUAGCCUGAUGGAGAGCCAUGAACAGCCUUGUCCAAGCACUUCCUUGCUCCUUUUGAAGGAGCCUGCAAGAGAAGCUUUCUGCCAGCUGAGUCACAAAGAGGGAUUUGUUUCCGUUUUUAGCUUGCAGUUUGGCGCUGGAUAAUCCAGGCUGGGGGAACAGCCAGAGCUGUGCACCUGGGGCCUUCAGCAGAGGAAAGAAAGAGCAGGGGAUUUGCAUCACUCACAGCUGGCCACAGCUUGGCUGCCGUCUGCAGGGUGCUUUCUCCUGGUCUAGAGAGUCUGCUGCAGUUGUCACAGGUAGAUGUGAAGCUUGACAGGAGGUGCCCUGCAAUAAUCCUUGGUGCACGAGUUCCCCGUGGUGCUCUUAGAUGCAAACCUCACCCCCAGACAGAUGCCUUUGAGCUGCUUCUGCUUUCAGGGUAGCUUUAGGCAGUGUUGUUCCCUCUGUUUAAAUAGAUACUGUGGUCCCAGGCUGGCUUCAUUGUCUCAGCUUGCUGGCCCAGACCAGACAGUCUUCAGAGCCUGGCAUCUCCUCCCCAGUAUUAUAUCCAACCAUUUAGCCCAGCUUCUCCCCAUCUGCCACCUCCAGUGAGGAGGUCUGAGUUGUCUUCAUGUGCACCCGAGGGUUGUGGCUGUGGUUCCUGUACACCUCCAAAUGUUCUGGGAGGGAUGUCACUAAAGCUCUAGCUUGAGCCUGGGCCUGGCCUCACCUGCACAGAAGUGUGCUAAAGCCAUGACAGUGUUUUGUAGCCAGUUGAGCCUUUUCCUCAGUGACUCUGGAUUCAGCUCAGCCAUCACCCACCCAGGAGGUUUUAUCUCUCGUGGCAUUUCUGCACUCCUGAUUGGCACACCACCCCACCCCUCGGCCACCAUCAUCACUCCCAUCUCAGUAAGCUGGUCCCCAGAACCAGAUCACUAUCCUCAGCUCCAUUAAGUUUCAUCCUCUCCUGGGAGAUCCUGCAGUAGGAGCUCUGUCUUCAGUGGAAGAAAAUUAACUGAGCUGCUGUGGUUUUGUGCAGGGGAGGAAAGAACAGACAGGAAGGACAAAAAGGUUUUAAUUUGGAGCUUAAUACAAGGACAACUGCAGAGCAGCCCUGAGAACCUUCCCGUGGAAGACCUCUUUGAACACAAGCUUUCCUGGCACUGAGCAUGCCCACAGUGUGCUCCUGAAUUGCUCCUCAGAGUUCUCCUUGUGGCGAUAUGGGAUUGUUUGCCAAGGGUUAGCAGCUACAUUGUCCUCAGCUGGGAGAACACAUUCCUGAUAACACACACGAGCUUUGAAUCCACCUCCUCAGCUCAGAAAGGGCUGACCUCCAAGUCUAAAUUGUUAACACCCCACUUUUGCCUUUGCUUCCCGCAGCUGAGAACCCCAGCUCAUGCUGCUCACCUUAACUAGGGUGUGUGCAUGCAUCUCCUCUUCACCAAAGGAAUGGGUUUCAGAGGUGGAGUAAAGCCCUGAAAAAUCCAUCUUUGGGUAAGAGCCUGGCUGGGUCUUGAACCAGUGCUGAACCUGCAUCUCUUUUGGUGGUGCCUGCAGCUCUGUGGCAAUUUGACACCAGCUCAGAAAACACAAAUAUCUUUCCCCAGCUGCAGAUUUCACUCCAGAUAAAGUCUGCCCUUGGCAGUUUCUCCUUGUGUCUGUUCCCCUGACCUCUCCAUGUUAGCUGCUCCGUUGCACAACCAACAGGGCUGCCUUGCAGCGCUGGGAAUGAGAUGAUCUCUCUAUGUAGGAGCCUUUUUUUUGGGGGUUGUGGGAUGGGGUUUUUACCCCCCCCAGUGUCACUUUGUAAAGCACUUUGAGGUGAAAGGAAUCUGAGCAAUGCCUUGUAGCAGGUUGUCUUCCAUUUAAAGCAGAAGGACUUGUAAAUGAGUAUGAAGUCACUCCGUUAGCAGCAGGAUGGUUGCACCCUGCUCUGUCAUAAAGGAAAAUAAAGCAGAUGUUAUUAACCUC